CACUAGUCUCUUUUAUUCAUGUGGCACACACGACGAAUUGAAUUGGCUAAAUAAAGAAAAUUUGUGAAAUUCAUUCGAAAUCGUCGGAUAAUUUCAAUUCAAUCGUUCGUUUUUUAUUCAUAAAAUUUCAUCGCUUACGCUGUAUAGAUUUAGUAUAAGAUAGUGAAUUUAGUUUAAGCAGCAAAAUAUAAAAAAUGGUUUUAGCUGAUUUGGGUCGCAAAAUUACGAAUGCUUUGCAUUCACUUGGCAGAGCAACUGUUAUUAACGAAGAUGUGCUGAAUUCAAUGCUGAAAGAAAUCUGCGCUGCAUUGCUUGAAGCAGAUGUAAAUAUUCGAUUGGUGAAACAAUUGCGUGAAAAUGUGAAAUCGGUCAUUGAUUUUGAAGAUAUGGCUGGCGGUUUGAACAAACGGCGUAUGAUUCAAUCGGCUGUUUUCAAAGAACUGGUGAAACUUGUCGAUCCAGGCGUUAAACCGUAUCAACCAGUUAAAGGAAGACCAAAUAUCAUCAUGUUUGUCGGAUUGCAGGGUUCGGGUAAAACGACGACUUGUACAAAACUGGCGUAUCACUAUCAAAAGAAGAAUUGGAAAUCGUGUUUGGUGUGCGCUGAUACAUUCCGUGCCGGUGCCUACGAUCAAAUCAAACAGAAUGCAACGAAGGCAAGAAUACCGUUUUAUGGUAGCUACACAGAAGUCGAUCCCGUUAUCAUUGCCCAGGAUGGUGUUGAUAUGUUCAAAAAAGAAGGUUUCGAAAUGAUUAUUGUGGAUACAAGCGGUCGUCACAAGCAAGAAGAAUCAUUGUUCGAAGAAAUGUUGGCCGUUGCAACUGCCGUUCAGCCAGAUAACAUCAUUUUCGUCAUGGACGCCACAAUCGGUCAGGCUUGUGAAAUUCAAGCACGUGCAUUCAAAGAGAAAGUUGACAUCGGUUCCGUUAUUAUCACAAAAUUAGACGGUCAUGCCAAGGGUGGUGGUGCACUUUCAGCUGUGGCAGCCACAAAAAGUCCAAUCAUUUUCAUUGGAACCGGUGAGCAUAUUGAUGAUUUAGAACCAUUCAAAACGAAACCGUUCAUCAGUAAAUUGCUUGGCAUGGGUGACAUUGAAGGACUUAUCGAUAAAGUCAAUGAAUUAAAAUUGGAUGACAACGAAGAAUUACUCGAAAAAAUCAAACACGGUCAAUUCACAAUUCGCGAUAUGUACGAACAAUUUCAAAAUAUUAUGAAAAUGGGUCCAUUUUCACAAAUCAUGGGAAUGAUACCUGGAUUUUCACAAGAUUUCAUGACAAAAGGUGGCGAAAAAGAAUCAAUGGCUCGCAUUAAACGUUUGAUGACGAUGAUGGAUAGUAUGUCAGAUGGUGAAUUGGACAAUCGUGAUGGUGCAAAAUUAUUUAGUAAAACGCCGAGUCGUGGGGCGCGUGUUGCUCAAGGAUCUGGUGUAACUGAGGCCGAAGUAAAAGAAUUGAUUUCACAGUACACAAAAUUUGCAGCUGUUGUUAAGAAAAUGGGUGGCAUCAAGGGAUUAUUCAAAGGUGGCGAUAUGUCAAAGAACGUGAAUCCAGCGCAAAUGGCAAAAUUGAACCAACAAAUGGCCAAAAUGAUCGAUCCGAGAAUGUUACAACAAAUGGGCGGCAUGAAUGGUUUGAAUUCAAUGUUGAGACAAUUGCAACAAGGAGCUGCUGGAGCGGCUGGUGGUUUGGACAGUUUGAUGGGUGGAUUAGGAUUGGGCGGUGGCAGACAUUAGUUUAAACAAUAUCCAUGUUUUAUUUUCUAUUUUUUUCCGUUUACGUUUAAAUAACAAUAAAAAAAACAUAAAGUAUUCGAAUAAAAAAUUAA